AUGUUUCUUGAAAUCAAUUUUUAUUCCACAUUUUUCCAACGUCGCCCGAGUCUAUGGAAGGAACGUUGCAAGUUCGAGGAAGUUGACGCUCAGGGCAAUUCAAUUUCGUAUUCACACCACCCUCCGGAUCUGACAGGACAACGUUCUCCUCUUACCCCCACGACGAUGAGAAUCGUCGACCGAAUACCUACAGUGGUUGGCUUUCGGGUCAUACCAACCACUGUCCUCGUAUUGCUCACAUACUUGACCAUAUUCACCUUGGUUAUUGUGACGGACUGGCUCCCCGAACCGCCCAAGAAUCAAAACGGGCUUGACUUGAAGCAGGCUUAUACGGACCUUCGUCACAUCACAGCACACCCACAUCCGUACAACUCCCACUACAACGAUGCAGUACACGAUUAUAUACUCUCGCGAGUCCGCCCGGUGGCAGCUUCGACUUCUUUUGUUCACAUAUCCGAUGAUCAGACUUCAAACGGCUCAUGGGCAUCCCCUGGAUACGGUGUCUACUUUGAGGGCACCAACAUCCUUGUCAAGAUUGAUGGCAAGAGUUCCAACGGUAAUGACGGGGUGCUGUUCUCAGCACAUUACGACUCGGUGUCCACUGCACCAGGCGCAACCGAUGACGGCAUGGGUGUUGUAACACUCUUACAACUCAUCGACUAUUUCGCAAAGCACCGUCCGGACAGGACCGCCAUUUUUAACAUCAACAACGGGGAGGAGGAUUGGCUCAACGGUGCACAUGCGUUCUUGCAACAUACAUGGUCAAACCUCACCGACACGUUUCUCAACCUCGAGGGCGCAGCUGCAGGAGGCCGCCCCAUCCUUUUCCGAGCAACAUCCACUUCUCCCGUACGUGCCUUUCGGUCGGAUUACGUCCCCCACCCCCAUGCAAAUGUCAUCUCUUCCGAUGCAUUUGCACGCGGUGUGAUACGUUCUGGGACGGAUUACGAAGUAUACACUGGCGCAGGCGCAGAAAUGGAAGGACUCGACGUUGCCUUUUACAAAGGCCGAAGUAGAUACCAUACCAAGUAUGAUGCGGUCCCGUACACCAAUGGCGGAGAGCGUAGUCUUUGGGCCAUGAUGGAAACUGCUCAAGGGGCCGGCAAUGCCUUGCUCAACGCGAAACGACACAAGCAAGAUCAAGGUUCUGGUGGGACUCCCGUUUACUUUGACUUAGUGAAAGCAGAGCUGGUCAUCUUUUAUCUCAACGACCUACUGAUCUACAAUGUCGUGUCGCUGGUUGUCGGGCCCAUCUCAUUGAUAUUCUUCGUCGUUUGUGAGUAUGUUCUGCGUAAUGAGCGUGCAAGGCAACCGAAUGGUCAUCCCGUUUCCCGCCCCUCGGUUUUGGAAUGGUUGAAGCAGCGAUCUUGGCUCCGGGCUCUGUGGAGACGUUCCAAGUUCUGGAUUGCCCUGGUUAUCACAAUCGCGUUACAGGCUCUCCUGGUGUGGGGUUACUUAGCUUUCAACUCUUUCACGGUUUACUCCUCCCCAUAUCUUGUCCUCAUCUCCUUCUUUUCUCUGGCAUACCUAUCUCUGGUCAUUCCCCUCACAUUCACAUUCAAUCAAACCCAAAGCCCCACGGCCAAAUACAUUGCACCCGAGAGGGAGAAACACACACUCCUCAUCCAGGUCUACAUAUUCACAUGGAUCUUACUGUUGUUCUCCACCAUCGCCGUUGCGCGGGCCCAAGUUGGCGGCCUGUACUUUGUGACAGCUUGGAAUACUGGUGUUUGGAUCGCUUGCCUCCUCGCAGCCGUGGAGGGGAUGAUGCUGCCUGUUCCUCAAGGUGGACCUCGAGUCCGGUUCCACAGCGCUCAUCACCACCAUCAUCAUGAACACGAAGAAGACCAGGAUGCUGAUGAUGACGACCGGGAACAGCGCCAACCACCCACUGAAGCUACGCCCCUUAUUGGAUACUCGAGAGCGUCGUUGCGGAAGCCACAGGAGGGCGGUGUGGUUGGAUGGUGGAUAGUCCACCUGCUUUUAACCAUUCCGGCACCGGUUCUUCUUAUCGCGCAGAUGGGGUCACUGUUGUUGGAUUCAUUGCCGCAGACAUUGGCUGACGGAAGCCCCGCCUACGUUGUUUACGCUGCUGCCUCUCUCACUGCAGUCCUUCUCGCAGUCCCGUUGACCCCGUUCAGCGGAAAGUUGCAUCGAGGACUCUUCUUCCUCUUCUUCCUCUCCUUCCUCAUUGUCACUGCCUACCUCUGGCUCGCGUUCCCCUUCUCGUCCGCCGACCCACUAAAGGUGUUCUUCCAGCAAAAGGUCACUCUUUCCAACGUUGUCUCCGAGAGACACAGCUCUAUCAUGGGCCUCUCAAAUUCGACUGUUCAUCCAACCGCCGGGGUUAGGAAGGUUGUUACAGCUAUAACUGGUACACCGUACUACCUGAAAAACGAAAUCAUCCCCAGGCUACCGUCGGCAUCAGGCAAGGAGUUGAAAUGCAGAGACGAGAAGGCUAAACGGGGGUUAGUGACGUGUGAAUGGGAGAGCACCUUGGUUCCCUCACCUGGGGGUCGCAACCCUUGGGAAGAUGAUUUUGCUGCAGCGCAGGGUCGAGUCGGAGCUACUUCAAAAUCCCGACAAUCGUGGUUUAAAGCGGAAGUGGCGAGAACUGGGGUACGCAAGGGGCAGAUUGUCUUGCAGGGACGGAACACGCGCUCGUGCAGGCUGUACUUCGAUAGCCGACCAAUCAUCAAGUACGUUGUGGAGGGCGGCCACGAGGGAAUGCAGAAGGGCUAUGAGGUGGGGAAGGUGGGCGCUAGUGAAGUCAGACUGUGGAGUCGCACGCGGGAUCGCGAGUUCGUUGUCGACUUUGAGUGGGAGGAUGAUGAUGGCCGAGAGGGUGAGGGCAUCACGGGGAGGAUAGCUUGUGAGUGGGUUGAAUAUGAGAGUGGGAAUUUGGACAAUGGAGAUGGGCAGUGGGAUCUACAGCGUGGUGGUGGUGAGAGGGCGAAGAUACCAGCAUUCGAGGAGGUGCUGGCUUUCCUCCCUGAGUGGGCUGUGGCGUCCAAGACUACUGAUGGUUUGGUUGAAGCAUGGAGUCCUUUCUCUGUUUAGUUACUAGUUUCUUGCUCUGUACCAUCCUGGCUUGAGAUUGAAUUAUUAAAGGACCGCGUUUUCUGCUGUA